AUGUACACCAUGCGGCUCCUCCUCGCCCGCCUCCUCCUGGCCCUGUGCCUCACAAACGCCGUCUCGGCCGGCCGACUCCUCGCCGACGCCGUCGUCAUCGCCCGCCAAGACGCCGCCCCGGCCAGCAACCCGCUCGCCCAGCCCCAGUGCAUCGAGUACUCCCGCACCGCCAACUUCUCCACCAUUGGCUCCAACAUCACGCUGCGCUCGGCCUUCAUCCAGGCGUCGCCCUUUGGCACCCACCAGAACCUCAACUUCCUCGCCGCCAUGGUCGUCGCGCUGCCGCCCAUGACGGCCGACGCCGCCCUCAACGCCGCCUGCGGCAACCUGACGACCGUCGCUGCUGCCGAGGCCGCCAGGAACUUCUCCCAGGGCAACAUUGCCGGGUUCCCCACGUCGCUGACGGCGGAUGCGACCGUCGCCGACUGGCAGGUCAUCUUUUGCAUGUUUGCCAUUGUCACGCUCAUGGGCAUCCCGUGGCUGUUCAUGCUGGGCUGA